CCAACGGUCGACUAGCAACGACUCUUUUAAAUAUUCACACUUUUGCCACCAUUUCGCUUCAUCCUUCCACCCAAAAACCAAAAAACCAGAGAGAGACAGAGAAAGUCCGAUAAAAUUUUCUGUUUGGUUCUCGAGAAAAUGGUGACGGCAAAGUCUAAAUUGUCGUACGAGGAGUCUCGCCAGCAGCGAUUGGAGGAAAACAAAAAGAGAAUGGAAGCUCUCAAUCUGCCUAUGCUUGCUCAAGCUCUUAACAAAACCCCAAAUUCUCCCAAACCCUCCCCUAUGAAGCGCGCCGGGAAGCCUCGCACGUAUGAGGUGCAGAUGGUGGAGGUGAGGAGGUCCACUCGGGUUGCAAAUCGACCUGCACCCGAUUACAAAGAAGUUGUGGCGGAGCGAGUAAUGAUUCCGAGAAGGAGCUACUCCACUAAUCGGCAUAGGGAUGUGGCGAACCGGGUGUAUGCUUCCGAUGAAGCCAGAGCCGCCGCGAUGGUGAAAGCCGACGAAUUAGAGGCCAGUUUGGGAUCCGAUCACCCGACACUUGUGAAAACAAUGCUGCAAUCACAUGUCACUGGUGGAUUCUGGCUGGUAAACAUUAUUCUCAUCUUUUCACUGUAUGCUGUUUGUCUGGGUCUUCAAGUAAGCUUCUGCAAGAACCACCUCCCUAAGGGUGAUGAAGUUAUGACACUGAUCGAUGAAGAUGGCGACGAGUACCCGACCAUAUACUUGGCCCGAAAAACAGGACUCAGCGGCGGAUGGAAAGGAUUUGCAGUUGCUCAUGAUCUGGUGGAUGGUGAUGCAUUGGUUUUUCAAUUGAUCCGGCCUACGACGUUCAAGGUGUACAUUAUACGGGUGGAAAGACCCGGACAGGCAAGCUCAGAAGGAUCAACUUAGGUAAAAGAGUAGGGGGAAUGGAAUGUAGAGAGUUUUAUAUGUAAAUUUUGCAAUGAGCUCCGUUUGUUGCAUUUUGUGUAACAGAGAGAUAUAUAUGAACCCCAUGACCAUGAUGACCCAAUAUAUGAAUGGACAGAAGCUUUUUCUUAUCUUUAA